UUUACUUUCAUCAUGGCUUCCUUGCACUUUUGUUCUGAGUGCAACAACUUGCUUUAUCCGAAAGCGGACCAACACCGUCGCAUUAUGGUCUACGCUUGCAGGAUAUGUCAGUACGACGAGAUCGGCGAGAACAAGUGUGUGUACAGGAAUGAUCUGUUGACGGUGACUAAAGAACAAGUCGGAGUUACGACGGAUUUGGGGGCGGAUCCAACACUCGCUCACUCCAACAUCCUUUGUCCCCGGUGUGGUCAUGAGGAUGCUGUAUUCUAUCAAGAUCAAUCCAAGCGAAAAGAGACGCGCAUGCUCCUUUUCUUCGUCUGCGUCAAGUGCAACCAUAGCUUUACAGACCCAACACUGCCUUCAGAUAGUCGGCCCGACACCGAUGAUGGAUAACAUAGGUGACAUGGGGACAUUUCAGGGACAUGUGAUUGUACAUUAUCAUUCGUUUAUCUAAUUAAUGGUCAGUUAAUUC